CCACCACACCGCACCCACGCCACACCGCACAACUUAAGCACCCUUGAUCGCUUGCUGCUACUACUUGCACUUCAACACACGCACGCACGCAUACCCACACUCACAUUCAACCCCGACACCAACACCAAACAUUUCAACUUUUCUUCCAUUCAACACACAAACACAAAACAACACGACAAACAGAGAGCAGAACAACAACAAACGAUGGUCAAAGAAACGAAACUUUACGACACGCUCGGUAUCAAAGCCGAUGCCACCGUCGACGAGAUCAAGAAGGCGUACCGGAAAGGAGCUCUGAAAUACCAUCCGGACAAGAACAAGGACAACCCAAACGCCUCGGAAAAGUUCAAGGAUGUGUCACAAGCAUACGAAAUCCUCUCCGAUCCCGAAAAGCGCAAGAUAUACGACCAGUACGGGCUCGAGUUCCUUCUGCGUGGGGGAACCGCGCCACCACCCGGUUCCGACGGGGGCGGGGCAGGAGCGGGCGGGUUCCCUGGCGGCGGCUUCGGCAGGUCGGGUACUUACCCCGGCUUUGGCAGAGGGGAUGGCGGACAGAGCUUUAGGUUCUCGUCUUCGUCGGGACAGGGUGGAGACUUCGGGUUCAUGCCCGGCGACCCGGAUAACAUCUUUGCCAACUUUGCGAAGAUGGGCGGGUUCGACGGCGAGGAGGACUUUAGCCGGUUCUUUGGUGGCAGUCCUCUGGGCGGCGGUGGCGGCAGGUCGUUCGGCGGAAGCAGGUCCUUUGGCGGAAACAACUCGUUUGGAGGAAGCAACUCGUUUGGGGGAACCGGCAGCAGUGGCGCCAAUAGGUCGAAUGGGGUUAGGAAGCCACCGGCCGAAGCGACCGUCAUCGAGAGGCCGAUCACAUUCUCGCUCGAGGAUCUAUACUCCGGUGCUAAGAAGAAGCUCAAAGUCAAGCGCAAGACGUUUGACCGCGACGGCAAGAUCCACCGCGAAGACAAGGAACUCGACAUUUACGUCAAGCCCGGUCUCAAAGCAGGCUCGAAGUUCAAGUUCCCGGGAAUCGGCGACGAGAUUGAGGGUACUAAGCAGGAUAUACACUUCGUCGUCACCGAGAAACCACACGAAACCUUUGAGAGGAAGGGAGAUGACCUCGUCGCUACGCUUCAGAUCUCGCUGAAGGAGGCGCUCACGGGUUGGAAACGACCCAUCAAGACGAUUGACGGAAAGAACCUGAUGGUCUCUCAUACCGGACCUACACCCCCGAACUGGUCGGAGACUUACCCGUCACUCGGAAUGGUGCUGCCGAAGGAUCCAUCGCAGCGGGGUAAUAUGGUCGUCAAGGUCGAUAUUCAAUUCCCGACAUCACUCACGGCCGACCAGAAGAACCAACUUAGGAACAUUCUUCCGUAAAGGGAUGCCGAGGAAUUGUGCGAGGUCGUUUCGAGUGUAGCGUCUGCAUUUCAUUUCCUUUUCCUUUUCCUUUCUUCUUGUCCUGGUUGGAUUUGGGGCGUACAGGUUUUCUUCGGUUCUCUUUACGAACAACGACGCAAUGAAUUUGAAUAGUGCACUUGAGUUCGCAUGCCUUUGUACAUACAAGCAUCAUCAUCAU